AAGAUGAUGAGGCAAGAGCUAAGGAAUGAGCUACAGAGUAUUAACUCUCGGAUUUGCUUGACAUCUGAUCUUUGGACCUCAAAUCAGAAGUUGGGUUAUCUUUGCUUGACAGCCCACUACAUUGAUGCAAACUUUAUCUUGAAAAAGAAGACUAUUGCAUUCAAAGAUGUCAAAUAUCCACACACGGGCCUAGCAGUCGAAGAAGUAAUUACGAAGUGUCUCAUAGAGUGGGGGAUAAAAGAGAAGGUGUUUACUAUCACAUUGGAUAAUGCCUCCAACAAUCAAUCAGCAUGUGACCUCCUUCGAGAAAGUGGACGUUCAGACAUGUUAUUUGGAGGCGAGCAUCUUCAUAUCCGAUGUUGUGCACAUAUCUUGAAUCUCCUAGUUCAAGAUGGAAUGGCAAUUGCUCAUGGAGCAAUCGAUAAGAUUCGUGAUCUGGUCAGACAUAUCAUAUCCUCACCCUCUCGCAUACAAGCUUUUAAUGAGAUUGCUGAGAGGUCUGGAUUGCCUUCAAAGGCCGGAUUAAUUCUUGAUGUUCCAAAUCGUUGGAAUUCGACACACAACAUGAUUAUGGAGGCCAUUGAGUACAAAGUUGUCUUGAAGAGAUAUGCUGAGGAACAACUUGAGCCUUCACCAGAUGAUGAAGAGUGGACAAAUUCUGAGGCAAUUGGAGAGUUUCUUGGGGCAUUUGAGGAAGCUACAAAAGCAUUCUCAGCACAUAGAAGUCCAACAUCUCAUUUGUUUUUGCAUAAUGUGUUAUGUAUCCAUCAAGCUCUAAGAAAUGAAAAUUGGCAAAUCAAUUGUGUGCUUGAGGAUUUGGCACUAGCAAUGGAUUCUAAGUUCGAUAAAUACUGGGAGAAGGGCAAGUAUAAUAUGGCACUUGUCAUAGCCACUAUACUUGACCCGUCAAAGAAGAUGGAUUUUUUGGACUUUUUUUAUGAGAAGACGUGUCAACAGUUUAUCGACAUCCAGAUAAACAUGUCCUUGGCCAAACAAUGGUUCACCAAAUUUUUUGGUGAAUAUGCAAAAAUCGUUCAAAAAGAUACUACAGUCUCACCUAUUGUUGCUACAAAUACUAGUACUUUGGGCCCACCGAUUCUUGGAAAAAGAAGGUUGGAUAAAGAAUUUUCUCAGUGGUCCCAAACAAGAGGAAGACGUCUUGCAAAGUCUGAGCUUGACGCAUACUUAGAAGAAGAAUUUGUGAGAACAGAUGAAAGAUUUGAAAUUCUAAGUUGGUGGAGGACAAAUGCAAACAAAUACCCAGUGCUUUCAGCUAUGGCGCGUGAUUUAUUAGCAAUACCUUUGAGCACUGUUCCUUCGGAGUCUGCUUUUAGCGCCGGUGGUCGCAUUCUUGCUGAUAAUCGAAGCUUAAUGACACCAGAAACACUUGAAUGCCUUGUAUGUUGCAAGGAUUGGUUGUAUGAGUACCCAAAUAUUCAAGUUUAUCCAGUUGUGUUUGGACCCAGCUAGCAGCAACACUCUUCCUACCAGUGGAAAUGGGUUA